AUGCCUUCGAAUGACUUGCGCCAACGCGGUGUUCAAAUCGUCCGUCCUAUCAUCUAUGGCAACACGGCUCGCAUGCUCACUGCAGCCGAUAAAGCAGAGCUCAAGCCACCACCAGAUCAUACACACCGUUGGACAGUCGCUCUAAGAAGUGCUGCGAGUCAGCCAACAAACGGCGAGAACGAGGGGGACAUUGUUGGUGGAAAGGAUGACCUGAGCUAUUUCAUCAAGAGGGUUACAUUCAAGCUGCAUGACAGUAUUCCCAAUCCUACAAGAGUGAUUGACAAGCCACCAUUCGAGACGACUGCGACCGGUUGGGGAGAGUUUGAGAUCCAAAUUCGAGUCGCAUUUACUCAGGAUUGCAACGAAAAGCCGAUUACGCUCUUCCAUAUGCUCAAGCUACACGCAUGGCAAGUCGUCAAAGCCAUUCAAGAUGACCCUCACCUACCUAUUCCUCCGCCUAUUCAGUGCUGGCAGUAUGAUGAGAUUGUCUUCACCGACCCGCAAGAUAGCGUCGUGAACAACUUUGUGAAUCAUCCUCCAACACCUCUCCCACCACCGAUGCCUGCAGGCAUAGGCAGACCGAUACCGUGGCAUCCAGCUUGGCCAAAGAGCGUGAUUGGUGAUGGAAGUAACAUUGCUGGUGAAGGCACGAAUGCAAAAGCGGUACCAGGUUUCCAUAAUCAAUUGGCCAAGCAAGAAGGCGAGCGUCUAAAGGAGAUCAUCGAAGAGCUCAAGACGAUGAUUGAGCAAACAAGAAGUACGCUUGAGCAAAAAGAAAAGGAGCUGCAAGUACUGCGAAGUCGUCCCUCAUAA